AUGAGCAAUAAAUUGUGCUCGAAACGUCAUCAGUAAACAUUACUGUAUAACACUGUGACACUUUAUCAAAACAAAAUUUACCCAUAAUGGAAUUACACUCUACCACAGUGCAAAGUUUUAUUCUUAUAUUUGAUGCCAUCUCUAAAACUCAAGCGUAGUAAGGCAGAUAUGUCCAUUUUCGAACAUUUAUUUAUUCUAAGAUAACUUUCUUCCAUAUCGUCGUAAAAUUUAGCAACUUCGACUGGUGCACUUGUGUGUAAGAGUCAGGGUGUGCGGUCGUUAGUAUACAUUUUAAGGUAGCUACUCUUUCAUAUCGUGGUUCCUGCUACUUAUAGAAAUGGGUAAUACGGUGUUAUGUUUUCUGCAAAAGUAGAGUUUGAAUCAAUAGUAAAAGUUGAUGAAAAAUAGACAAGAGCUAAGGACCACUGAGGAAAUCGAAGAAAUGAAAAAAACAAUGAAACAGUAUAUUUUGAAUGUAGAAUGCAGAUAUAUGUGAACGAAGUAGACUGAAUGCAAAGUAUAGUGUAUUGUUUCCAAUGAAAAUUUCGAUCUGUUCAAAUAAAUAUGCUACUUCCCACCACCAAUCCAUGCAGUGGACUGAUUUAUUCUGAACUAUGUAUGAAAAUACAGGCUGCCUGGUUAGUUUUCUCGGGUUGACACAACUCGAUGGUUGGGAACUUUAUAUUACUGGAAAUCGUUCAAGGUGGCACUGAUAAAAUAACUUCUUGUCAUUGUGCGCUUACUGAAAUGCUUCAUUGACCUACAUCCAAUCGUGUCGCUACGUUGCUGUCCUAUUGUUUUAUGCGUUUCCUCAUUGUCAUUUGACAACUGCGACUGAUAAACCUAUGUGCAAACUUCUACGUUGGUUCUUCAUUCAGUAUCUACAAUAUUAUUACCUAAUUUGACGUUGACAUUUACCGUGUAUUCAACCUAGAUAGCUUGUUUAUUUCUUAAUUGUAUAUGAAGUGAUUCUUGUUGAGUAAAGCACAUAAUUCAGUACACUUUAUUGCUGUUUGUGCUUAUAACUACACUUGUUUUAGUGCACCAAAAGAGUAGAAUUCUACCACAUAGUGUUAGACAAUUACAGACGUUGGUUACCUAUCAAACAUUAUACCUUAGCUUAUCGUAGUCCUGUAUCUCUGCACCGCUGAAUGUUCUUUCAUUAUUUGUUUUAUUCCAUUUAUUCCCUGAUUAUGACAAGAAACUUUAUUCGUUUACAAUUCGUAUUUCUUUAAUCCAUUUUUUUCCUAUUUUUCAGAUCCGGGGUGGUCGGUAAAUCCAGAUGGUGUAACAAAUUUGCAGCCUCUUCCCGAUAACCCUCAAAAUCUGACCUCUUUAAUGCGCUCAUUCACUCUCCAUUCUCCUUACUCCGUUAGUCGAGAGAUUUCAAGUAACUCACAGUCUGUGAUAAUGACGUCUGCUGGUUUUGAAAAUUUCAGACAAGAUAGUAUCGAAUUAAAUAGAGAGGAAGUGAAGAGAAGUGCUUUGAUUCACACUCCUGUAAUCACAAAUGUUUGCACGAUGCCUGCAUCGCAAAGCCCAUUACCUGUCCCAAUAAUGUCUCCCAUAUGUGAUCUUAAUAGCUCAAGCGGUCAACUACUUGGCUAUAGUAAUGCAACAAGUUAUUCAGUACCAUACGAUGGUGAUAUGUUGCAAUGGGCAUUGCAAAAUUCUUUGAAACAGAAUAACCCUUAUUCCCCUGUCGCCCAUGUUUUGGUUCCUCAUCCUGUUAACCAUCCGAGUGCCGUGCAAUUCAACAAAAGCCAGUCUUUCGGAUGUUAUUUCCACCCUCAUGCGAUCCUUCCAACUUUCAACAGUACACAAUCAGGUGACUUACGAAGUGUGGGGACAUUGCCAAUAAGGGGUCAACCACAUCUGUCAAGUUUUUGCAUACCUCAAACUCCAAACGUAACAGAUUCUUACCGUGCUGCUUAUCCAAUACCUGAAACUAAUGAUACUAGUCAACCUUUUAACCAGGCUGUGGCAGUAGCUUUAGCAUCCAUGAGCGCUAAUAGCAGAAAUCAUGUUAAUGUGCACCAGCGGGCGCUGCACUCACAUUUUUCGAAUCAGUUAAUUACUAAUUCAUCAAACAUUGGUUCGAUUGGAACCAAUCAACAGCAACCAAUGAGUCACCUUCAUGCGUUAGCUACUAUGUCUGCUGCGGCUCAUCAUCAAAGUGUUUCUCCUGCAUGUAUUCUUAAUUCCGUAACACGAACUCCUUUUCGCAUGUCCACUCCACUGCCGCUGCCUGUGUACUACGCCGCCUCACAAAUACCUUUUCAAACUGUUAUUCCACAGAACGCUUUCAAUCACUUACACAGUACAGUUCACCCUAUGCACAAUUACAUUUAUCGGGCAGUAGAUAAAACUGGAAGCUGUGAAUCAUCAGAUAUUUUAAAGUUAGACAGUAAUUGUAGUCUACCUGUACCGAAUUUAACUCAGCGUACGAACAAGUCUAUGUGCCCCCUAUUCUUGCUGCCAGCUUUGCAAAUACAAAAAAAUAAGUCACAUGCACCAAGUUUGAACACCAGUGAGUUGCAGAUACCUUCAGUAAGACGAGCCGCCAGUUCAGCAGGACUGACGUCUACUCAUACCUCCUCUAAAGCAGUUAACGCACGUGGAAACAUGUCAGGUGCAGGCACUCCCGCUUUUACUUCCUCCCUCUCUAAGACCAACUUCUCUGCAACAAAAUUAACUGUUGGCGAUACUACAGAGAAUGUAUUUGAAGUAACUAGAAAUACCAUAUCAGAUAGAAGACUCGUCUUGCCAGUCACCACAUCAUCCAAUGAGAGUCCGUAUGGUCUAGUUAUCAGUAAAGACAAUUCCGAUAGAACUUGCAAGCAGGUUGACAACGGGACUUCACCUGGUUCGGUUCAUGAUUCUGAAGACUCAGUUAGCUCUGGAAUAGGUGAUAUGACUGCCGCUACUGCAAACCAGAAUGACAACCAGAACAAUUCGCGUACGACAACGCGCAUAGUUGCAAAAUGUAAAUACAUGCGGGACAAGUCAUCAUCACAAAUUAAAGGAAAAAUGACAAACAUGUGACUUGCUGAAAUGAAAGUCAUUGCAGCUCUAUAAACUUGUCACAGCUUUUGAGUCAUGUACGUAGUCAUCUGAUUUGAAUAAAUGCUUGCUGGACUUAUUUGCACCAGGUGUGCUAGUAAGUGGAUUCAAAAGCUAGAAUAUGCUGUCCUAUACAGCUGAAACUCAUUACUGUUCUGUGCGUAUCGUUAUGCUACAUUGUCGGUUGUAUUGUAGCUCAUACUUAUUGCACACGCUUUGUUACCACUCGGAAAUUAUUGAUUCAAAAUCUCAAUGACAGUGCUGAUAAUGUUCGCGUCUGCAAUAUCGUGCUCUCUCAGCUGCCUUUUCAUCAUUCAUUUAGAAAUAUUAUUUAGUUAUUUGGUUUUUUUUCUGAUCUUAUUUGUACAUACAAUUUCUUUUUACUAACUAUAAACAUUUACUUCUGCGUAAGCUUUUAUUGUUUUGAAAUGUAUAUUUCGUAAUUUAUUCAUACAUGAAAAAAAUUCCCU